UUAUACAAAUCUUCGAGACAAAAUGAAGGGUUUCUCUUUAUAUUUAUACUAUUUGCUCUUGAUAUCAUCAACAACUUCCUACAAUAUUUUAGUAUUCUGUCCACUUUUUGGACAUAGCCAUUCCACAUUUUUUGGACGGCUUGCAGAUAUUCUAACGGAAGCUGGACAUAAUGUUACACUAUUUUCUCCUACAAUUAUUGAUGAAUUUCGAAAUUAUAGCUAUACAAAACUAACAAAGGAUGUUGCCUAUUUAGAUCCAAGUCCUGAACUCAAAGCAAUUGGGGACUUAAUUGCGGGUAACAAACGAUGGUGGAAUCAAGAAUUUUCAGUUUUUGAAAUUCCUCAAACCACUCGAUUUUUCAAGUCAAUUACUCGGGAACAAAACAACGUAUUAGCUAAUAAUUUAGCUCUUCUUGAUGGUCUAAAACAGAAAAAGUUUGAUCUCAUUCUUUUUGAAUCGGUUUUCACAUGCGCACUACCACUCAUGGAAUACUUGGAAAUAAAAUCGUUUGCUGUUGCACAAUCGAUUGCUUAUGAGCCCAUAACUUUAGGUGCUCUUGGGGAUACUGUAAUGACCAGUCACAUACCGAACCUGAUGGCACAAUCUUCUGAUAAAAUGAGCCUAUGCGAAAGAAUGCUGAACACUCUGAUUCAAGCAAUGCUCAAUGUAUAUGGAAUGACUCCUGAAUAUUAUCAAUCCUAUACAAACCCUGAAAAGAAGAUUUAUACAUUGGAAAAGCUAUCGGAGGCCUCGUUUAUAUUCAUGAAUUCCAAUCCGUUUUUGGACUUUCCCCGAGCCACAAUCACUAAAAAUAUCCAAAUUGGAGGCAUCUCUGUAAAUCUUGACACGCUUAAGAGCAGCGGAAAAUUGACCGAAGAAUGGGAUCAAAUAUUAAACCUUCGUGAAAAAACACUACUCGUCUCUUUUGGAUCAGUGAUUUUAUCACAGGACAUGCCUUUCGCUUACAAGGUAGGGUUGACAAAUGCAAUGAAACAACUCAAUGACGUCACUUUUAUUUGGAAAUAUGAAGGUGAUGAUAAAAAGGAGUUUGCAAAUGGAAUUAAGAAUAUUCACUUUUCAAAAUGGGUCCCACAGAGAGAACUUUUAGCCGAUCCCCGUUUAUCAGCUUUUAUGACUCAUGGAGGUUUGGGAAGUGUCAAUGAAGUCAGUUACUUUGGAAAACCAACGAUCAUGUGUCCACUUUCUGGCGAUCAGAUGAGAAAUGCCAAAAUGCUUGAACGUCACAACGGAUCUAUAGAAUUUUCAAAGUAUGAUCUACACAAUGAGAAAGUUGUCGCAAAUGCUUUUCGAAAAAUUUUAUACGAUGAAAGUUACACACUAUCUGCAAAACGGCUCUCCGAACAUCUCCAAUUCCAACCCGUAAAACCUAAAGAACUAUUUCUGAAGCAUGUCGAAUUCGCAGCAAGGUUUGGAAAACUGCCAUCAUUGGAUCCAUAUUCUCGGCAGAUGGGAUUCAUUCAAUAUUUUCUUAUUGACAUUGCAUUUAUUGUACUGACUGUGGUUUUGACUAUUGUUUCGGUGUUAUACUUUGUGCUGAAAUUUGUAGCCUCUUGUUUGAAGGCCAAAAUCAAAACAGAUUGAAAAUAAUAGGCUACACGCAAACAACUUCUUGAAAAAUUUCCCCGCAAAUUUUUAAUAACAUACAAUUUUCAAAAUUUGAUUCUGUGAUGUAUAAAAUAGUUUAAUGAAUAUUUUUUUAAAUCUAAAA